GCAGGAUCAUUUGAGCUGCAGCAAACCUGUAUAGUAGGUUUGCAAGACUGUGUGCUGCAGGUUAACUUUAUUCCUGUAAACUCUGAGGAAGUUACCUGGAGGAAUUGCUGAACACACCAGUGUGAGGAAGCAGAAACCGCUGCCAACAGAUCCAGAGAUAAUUUACAGCAGUGAGGUACCGACUGCAACAAUGGAAACGCAUGAGCUGAUAAAUCACCUACGUGUCCCAGAGCUUUGGGAGCUCCGACAGUACAUACGCUCUCUCCCAACAUACACGUUAAUGGGCAUUGGUGCUAUUGCUGCACUUGUAACUUACUGGUAUGCUACAAGAACCAAGCCACCAAAACCGGCAUGUGACCUGUCCAUGCAAUCGAUUGAAGUUGCGAGCGGUGAGCGUGCUCGAAGAAGCGCUCUGCUUAACAGUGAUGAUUUACUAACUCGGUACUAUGAGGACAUAACAACACUAUACGAAGUGCUAAAAAGAGGGUUGAGAGUAUCUAGGAAUGGGCCUUGUUUGGGUUCCAGAAAACCAAAUCAGCCUUAUGAAUGGAUGUCCUACACAGAAGUCUCAGACAAGGCAGAAUUUCUGGGGUCAGGUUUAAUUAAUCAAGGAUGCAAAGCAACAAAUGAUCAAUUUAUAGGAAUCUUUGCACAAAAUAGACCAGAGUGGGUUAUUGUUGAACAAGCCUGCUAUGCCUACUCCAUGGUGGUUGUGCCUCUUUAUGACACAUUAGGGUCUGAAGCUAUUUCCUUCAUCUUAAAACAAGCGGAGAUUGCUUUUGUGUUCUGUGAUACGUCGAUCAAGGCACAUAGUUUACUGGCAGGUGUGGAAAGGGGGCAAACCCCACUCCUAAAGGUGAUCAUUGUGAUGGAUCCUAUUGGGAAUGAUCUUCAAGAGCGAGGAAGGAAUUGUGGAGUGAAAAUUGUUCAUUUUAAGGAAGUAGAGGAUGAAGGAAGGGAGCAGAGACGACCUGUAGUACCGCCAAAGCCUAGUGAUUUAGCUGUUGUUUGUUUCACUAGUGGGACAACAGGAAAUCCCAAAGGGGCAAUGCUGACUCAUGGGAAUAUCGUGUCUAAUCUUUCAGCAUUUUUAAAAGUUACAGAGAAAGUGGGCGUCCCAACUCCAGCUGAUUCUUUAAUUUCUUUCUUACCCCUGGGUCAUAUGUUUGAAAGAAUAGUUGAGGCUGUGGUUCUCUGUCAUGGGGCACGGAUCGGAUUCUUUCAGGGAGAUAUCAGACUGCUUAUGGAUGACCUAAAAGCAUUAAAACCAACUGUCUUGCCUGUAGUUCCCCGGCUACUCAAUAGGAUGUUUGAUAAGGUGCACAACCAGGCUAACGGCCUUAUAAAACGGCAGGUGUUAGAAUUUGCAGCUUGGAGGAAAGAAGCACAACUUCAAAAUGGGAUAGUGUGUCGUGACACUAUAUGGGACAAGUUAGUCUUCCAUAAAGUACAGGACAAUCUUGGUGGUCGGGUAAAAUUGAUGGUGACUGGAGCUGCUCCUGUGUCUGAAACUGUACUUACUUUUCUCCGGGCAGCCAUUGGUUGCCAGUUUUAUGAGGGCUAUGGACAAACUGAAUGCACAGCAGGUUGUACAAUGAGCAUCCCCGGCGACUGGACAGCAGGUCAUGUUGGAGCUCCAAUGCCUUGUAAUAUUAUUAAGCUUAUUGAUGUAGAAGAUAUGGAUUAUUUUGCAGUUAAAGGAGAGGGAGAGGUGUGCGUAAAAGGUCCAAAUGUGUUCAAAGGUUACCUCAAAGACCCUGAGAAAACUGCAGAAGCUCUGGAUGCCGAUGGCUGGUUACGCACAGGAGACAUCGGGAAAUGGUUGCCUAACGGCACUCUGAAGAUUAUUGACCGGAAGAAGCACAUAUUUAAACUUGCUCAGGGAGAGUAUAUUGCACCAGAGAAAAUUGAAAAUGUCUAUGUGCGCAGUACACCAGUUGCCCAGGUGUAUGUUUAUGGUGAAAGUCUGCAGGCCUGUCUGGUAGGUAUUGUGGUGCCUGAUCCUGAAACAUUUUCUGAAUGGGCACAAAAGACAGGAGUUAGAGGAGCAUAUGAGGAAUUGUGCAAAAAUCAGAAAGUUAAACAAGCUGUUUUAGAAGACAUGGUGGCUCUUGGAAAGGAAUCUGGACUCAAGUCGUUUGAACAAGUGAAGGAUAUCGUUCUCCAUCCUGAGAUGUUAACUGUUCAAAGUGGCCUUCUGACUCCAACAUUCAAGGCAAAGAGAGCAGAACUAAGGAAAUACUUCCGUUCACAACUUGACGAACUUUAUGCAAACAUCAAAAUGUAAACUGUAAAGAAAAUGAACCUUUUUUUAAGCAAACCUAAUUAUUGGCCUUGAUGAUUCAAAAAUUGAUAAAACUCUUAACAGAUACUUUGCAAUGACCCCCUAGCAGAUUACGUAUUCGUAUUUUGUAUUAUGAGCCAAAAAUUUCAGAGCAGGUCACUGUUCAAUGGUGUUGAUUUCCAAAAUGCCUUAUUUUAAACAUCCAUCUCUAAUAGGGAGACUGGCAUAGGGAAACUUGGAAUGGAAGCACAAAUGAAAGCUGCACUUAGGUGAAAGUAUGUACAGUUGUCAUAAAUGCACUAUUGUAACAUUCUUUUUAUACUUGUGUAUGCCGCACCUGUUGCACAAAUGUCCUGAGGUGAAAUGAAGAAAACACUGAAAGCUUUAACAAGAUUACAUAUUUAAUUUAUAUCACCCUAAGAAUGAUAUUAAAUGGUUGCUUAAAUAAAACGCUUGGCAGUGUAAAUGUUUUGUACACAAGAACCAAGAGAUCUACAAACUGGUUGGCAAAACUAAAUAAAAGUAUGUUUUGUGUA